AUGUCCAGCAACGAACAGCCCUACGACCCUUAUAUCCCGGCCAACCAGACCGGAGCUACGGCCGGUGCCUCCCAGCAGAAUGGAAACCAGCGAACUGCCGCACUGCAAGCGCAAAUCGAUGACACCGUCGGUGUAAUGCGCGAGAACAUCAACAAGGUCUCCCAGCGUGGUGAGCGCCUGGACUCUCUGCAGGAUAAGACCGACAAUCUGGCAGUAUCGGCCCAAGGGUUCCGCCGAGGCGCCAAUCGUGUGCGCAAGCAGAUGUGGUGGAAGGACAUGAAGAUGCGUGUAUGCCUGGUUAUUUGCGUGAUCAUCCUUUUGGUGGUUAUCAUUGUGCCCUCUGUUGUAGCAACACGCUAA